AUGAGAAAAAGAAAUAACUUAGUAAAGAAAGAAUUUAGGGAGAAUUACAAAAAGUACAUUGAAGAUUUGAAGAAGAGAUCUAAAGAAUUUUCCGAGCCAGUAUCUGAGAAGUUUAGUGACCUUCCUCUUUCAAAGGAAACUCUUAGAGGUCUUAGAGAUAAUGGCUACGUUACCAUGACAGAGAUACAAAGAAAAGCUAUUUUCUUGGCCUUAAAGGGGAGAGAUAUCUUAGGCGCCGCAAAAACAGGCUCAGGAAAAACUCUUUGCUUUUUAAUUCCUAUUUUGGAAGAUCUUUUAAAGCAUUACUGGUCCCCUAUAUUUGGUUUAGGCGCACUUGUAAUAACACCUACUCGCGAACUUGCUUAUCAAAUUUUUGAAGUUCUAAGAAAGAUAGGGAAACAGCACCACUUUUCUGCUGGAUUAGUGAUUGGAGGAAAGGAUUUAUCUGCAGAACAGCAGCUUAUUUCGAGGAUGUGUAUACUGAUUUGCACUCCGGGGAGACUGCUUCAACACAUGGACGAAACUGAGCUUUUUGAGCUUAAAGAGCUUCGUAUACUUGUUCUAGAUGAAGCCGAUCGAAUUUUAGAUUUGGGGUUUGAAAAAACGGUCAACGCUAUUAUAGCAACACUCCCUAAGCGGCGUCAGACGCUUCUCUUUUCUGCCACGCAAACCAAAUCCGUCAAAGACUUGGCCCGUUUGAGUCUUCAAGAUGCGGAGUACGUUGCUGUAUACGAGCAGCCACAAGUGCUUACUCCUAGCAAGUUGACUCAGAACUACAUCUUCUGCGAACUCUCUUCAAAAUUGAAAAUUCUUUAUUCUUUUCUCCGUUCUCAUACCCGAAUGAAGCUUCUUGUUUUUGUUUCCAGUUGCAAGCAAGUUCGCUUUAUAUACGAGGCUUUCAGACGACUGCGCUGUGGACUGCCACUGUUGGAGCUCCAUGGAAAGCAAAAGCAACCCAAACGGAUGAGUAUCUACGAUGAAUUCUGCAGGAGGCGUUUUGCCUGCCUUAUCGCUACAGACAUUGCCGCGCGCGGCUUGGACUUUCCCUCUAUUCAUUGGGUUCUUCAAGUGGACUGUCCGGAAGACGCCAACACCUACAUUCAUCGCGUUGGUAGAACGGCUCGUUACGAAAGUGGUGGCAAUGCUCUCCUCUUUCUUCUUCCCAGCGAAAAGGCUUUUUUAAAACUUCUGCAGGAAAAAAAAGUUCCCAUCUCUGAACUGCAGCUCAAUCCCCGAAAAAUAAAGUCGAUUACGGCGAACCUCGCAGCUCUUUGCGCCGAACAUCCCGACAUCAAAUACUUAGCCCAGAAGUACUUCGUCUCAUACAUUCGUUCCGUUUUUCUUCAAGCAAACAAAAAAGUUUUCGAUGUUUCUUCAUUGUCGCUGGACGAGUUUUCGGUUUCUUUGGGGUUAUCGCAACCCCCGAAAGUUCGUUGCGUAAAGCAAGUCAAAGAUGGAAAGAAUAAAUGCAGGCAAGCCUCUCAACCAGACACCACCACUCCUACUGCGGAGAAAGUUGGUCUCAACGAGGAAAUAGAAGACGAUUUAUUUGUAGUGAAAGCGAGCGCAGAGAAUGCCUUUCCUCCACUUACAGAGGAGGAAAUACGCCAGAUAACCAAUGGUAAAGAUGGAUUUCUUACUCGUAAGAAGGCUUCCAAGUUUAUUGGCUUUGGCUCGUCCAUCAAGUUCGACGCUGAAGAGGAGGACGCUGGCGGGAUCAAUUUAAGUAAGCAACUCCAGAUCAUGACCGAGCGGGACAAAGAUGAUAAAGAAAAGCAGCGCGAGGCGGUGAAAAGAAAACAUCGAGAGAAGAGGCAAAAGCUUCGAGAGCAAAGGAGGCGACUCGGUUCGCUGCACUCGCCUCAAGCUGUGCUGCUCAGCGAGGGUCUCUCCAGGGGUGGCUCACCGUGUUCGGAUGCGGAGAUUGACAAUCACAAAAAAACCUCGUUAGAAGAGGACGAAACUCUGGCCCUCUCGCUCCUGCAGGGCGAAUAAAUCUUAUUAUUACUAAAUACAAAUAAGUUAGCG